AUGCUGGUCCUACCAAGGGCCGUUCGCCGUGCCUCGUCCGACGUUGUGCCAAUGUUCACCGCAAGAACCCUCGCAUCGCAGCAUCUCGCCCGACUGCGAUACAUAUCCUAUUCUUCCCGCCUUUCACUCUCUCCCCGCCGCACCCAGUCCCUCAACAACCAGGGCUUUACAUCGAGCUAUGAUCCUAAUGAGAAUGGCCGAGGCCCGAUAUUCUCAAACAAGUCCAGCUUUGGCGUCCCCCAUUUCUACCCGCGCGAUCUGAAGCGGCGCGUAGAUGAUUACGUGGUCGGCCAGGAUCGCGCAAAGAAGACAAUAUGCUCCGUCAUCUUCAACCAUUACCAGAAUAUUCGUCGACGCCAACAUCACGAGGUCCAGGACCAGCGCCUGCGUGAAAAGUUGCAGCGACAAAGAUAUUCUCGAGAUAAUAGAGACAGAGAUCUGCAGGAUCGCGAAGGCUACAGUGGUAGCAGCAGCAGCAACAGGGACAUACAUCCUGUCGAAGACGAGUUUCCGGGCCAUCACGAGUCCGUCAUGGGGACACACCGUGACCGAGACCGAGACCGCGAUCGUGACCAUGAUAUGGUUGAGGACCACCUUGAGACGACGUCUGUUGAUGACUUUUACAUCCCUGAGGAUACCAAUGCUCCUCAGCGCGUAAAGAUCGACAAGAGUAACCUCUUGCUGAUAGGACCAACUGGUGUGGGCAAGACGUAUAUCCUAGAAACUCUGAGCAAGAAGCUCAACGUGCCCUUCACGAUAAGCGACUGUAACUCCUUCACCCAGGCCGGCUAUAUCGGACAAGAUGUGGAAGCAUGUAUCGAGCGCCUCCUCAUCGAAGCGAACUACGACGUCAAGGCUGCCGAACACGGAAUAGUUGUGCUAGAUGAAUUUGACAAGAUUGCAAGACGGGAAACUGUCAACGGGAGGGAUGUUGGCGGUGAGGGCGUCCAGCAGGCUCUCUUGAAGCUUGUCGAGGGUACUAAGGUUACCGUCAAUGUUAAGGAUCACCGGUCGUCAAAGCCGCCCCCGCCUCCCAACCUCAACAUCUCGACACCUGGAUACGGACCUGCUAGCACCACGCCGUCUAUCACUCCUGGCAAAGUCGAACAAUAUAUCGUGGACACCAGCAACAUACUCUUUGUGUUUUGUGGUGCCUUUGUCGGGCUCGACAAGACUGUCCUUCGGCGGGUCGCAAAGCCAUCGAUAGGCUUCGGCGCUGAGGUCAGAAACCAUCGCGUCUCUUCCAUGUCAGGUAGUCAAGAUAUUCUUCCUCCCGAGCUGUACAGCCAUCUACCGCACCAACCUCCGACGAUGCCGGUAGACCUCUCGGGUGGAAGCCUGGCUUCAUCUGGUGGCAGUGGCUUUACUCCGCUUGAUCUAGCCUCGCCGGCCGAUCUCCAGGCCUUUGGGUUUAUCCCUGAGCUUAUUGGCCGUCUACACAACAUCUGCGCUCUGAGUCCUCUCUCCCUUGACGAGCUCUACCGCAUCCUUACGGAACCGCGUAACAGCCUGGUAGCGCAGUACACAGCGCUCUUCGAGACCUACCCUAGCAAGCUGUACUUCACUCGCAAGGCGCUGUAUGCCAUUGCCGAAAAAGCGGCCAAGAACGAGACGGGCGCCAGAGGGUUAAAAAUGGAGAUGGAGCGUGUGCUGGCAGAGCCCAUGUAUGAUGCGCCCAUGCCAUAUGUGCUCAUCACAGAGGGCUGUGUCAAGGGAACAGAGAAGGCCGGCUACUGGGGUAAGGACGGUAGGCUGGAGCUUGAGAGGAUGAUGGCGGAGGAGGAUCAGAAGGGGCUUGGACAAGGACCGGUGGAAGGGGGGAUGGAAAGGUUGAGGGAGGCGGGACAGAGUAGUGCAUGA